AACAGUCCCUCAGCUUUUUUUUUUUUCAAACCCCAAAUGAAGACAACUCUUCUCCUUCUUAGCUACUAUUGCUUCUUCCAUGUCUCUAAUUCCUCUACUGAGUUGCCUAUUGGAAUCCAUCCUUUGGAUGAGAAGUACUAUGCUUCAGAGGUGAUUAAAUGCAAAGAUGGGUCUAAUUCUUUUACUAAAGAUAGGCUUAAUGAUGAUUUUUGUGAUUGUGUAGAUGGAACUGAUGAGCCUGGAACGGCUGCCUGUCCAGCUGGAAAAUUUUAUUGCAGGAAUGUGGGCAGUACGCCUAAAUUUCUGUUCUCUUCUCGUGUGAAUGAUGAUAUUUGUGAUUGUUGUGACGGAAGUGAUGAGUAUGACAGUAAUGUCAAUUGCCCCAAUACUUGCGUAAUGGGCGGGGAUUUUUCUUAUCAAAGAAGAAGGUAUCGGCCAAGAAGAAAACAACUCAAUCGAAUUGGUGGAAAAAGUGCUAAUGGGGUCAAUAUGGAUGACUCGGCUCAGAGACUGCAAGGUCUGAAGAUACUGGUACUUGUACAGGUCGUCCUUAUCAUUAUUUUUCUGGUCGUCAGAAAGUUAUAUCGCCGAUCCAGGUCUAAAAGAAGACAUUUGCGUUGAGAAUUGAUCCCAGAACUAUUAUUCCUCUGUCUUUCGUUGUCUCGCAAGUCGCAACCAUGGUUAUAUGAUCUGAAAGUUCGGAGUGCAGUUGUGCCCCAGUAUUUUUCUGAAGGUCCAACUUGCUGAUUGUUGACGUUCUUCUUAUAAUGAUUCUUACAUACAUCUAUCUGGAGACGGGAUUGUGACAACUAUUAAGUCCUGCACCAGUCCUCGAAAUAUCAUGUUAUAAAGUGCUCCUUUAAACUUUUGACUAUCUCGGUUGAUCAAUUUGUCAAGUAAGUUGGAUACUGCAGUGAAUCGUUUCUCCUUCAAGCUUAUUGCACUGGCCAUGUAUAGAAAAUUAGUUUUGUAUGCUACUUGUCUGCUCUGACAAAUUUAUCAAUGGCAUCAUAUAGUCCGAAAUUGUAUAUCGCAUUUUUAAAGAUUUUCUGCAAAUGCAUAUGUAGAACAAAAGGCUUGUAACUAGCAAA